CCGGACUCGCCCCUAGCGCCUCUUACCGGACCGGAGGAAACAUUGCACACGCUGCUCUGGCCGCUCUCGAGGGCCGCUGGUUUAGCAGUUAGCCUUUCCGCCCAAAUUAUGCUGGACCCUGAACACCUCAGAAUCACAUGCCUUAAAUGAGAUCAUGUUCCUCCGUGCCCUUCGAGUCCCUCCUGCUACAGAAAGGCCCCCUAAGCUUUGGUACACACGAACCUUUCACACCCCCACUGCAGAGCAGCCCCAGAGGCUGCGAGCGUGGACUGCAGAACUGCGCCCCAGCUCCCCUCUCCACGGCCAGCACGCGGAGCGACACGUCCGGACGCAAAGCAGAGGCUGCACUGAUACUACUUGCGUCAGCAUACUAAUAAAAGUAAAUGCUAACGUUUCGCGUAUCUGUACCACUUCUCAGCCGGCGCUCUCAAAACAUUUUGCACGGUACCUUAUUAAGACAUCACCUUCCCUCGGGAGAGCGGAGGGAACACUGGCAGUUGCUGGGUAAUUUGAAGACUACUGUGGAGGGUUUAGUAUCAGCCAACAGCCCCAAUGUCUGGUCCAAGUAUGGUGGCCUGGAGCGGCUUUGCAGGGACAUGCAGAGCAUCCUCUAUCAUGGGCUCAUCCAUGACCAGGUGUAUUGCCGCCAGACUGAUUACUGGCAGUUUGUGAAAGACAUCCGCUGGCUUAGUCCCCACUCAGCCCUUCAUGUAGAGAAGUUCAUCAACUUGCAGGAGAAUGGCCAGAGCAGCACUGAUGGCAUGAGUGAGCGUGCCGUUGCGGAGCUGUGGCUGCAGCAUAGCUUGCAGUGCCACUGUCUCUCAGCCCAGCUCCGACCUCUGCUGGGGGAUAGACAGUAUAUCAGAAAAUUCUACACAGAUACUGCUUUCCUGCUAAGCGACUCCCAUGUCACGGCCAUGCUCCAAUGCCUAGAAGCAGUGGAACAGAACAACCCUCGUCUCCUGGCUCAGAUUGAUGCAUCUAUGUUUGCCAGAAAGCAUGAGAGCCCGCUGCUGGUGACAAAGAGCCAGAGCCUGACAGCUCUGCCCGGUUCCGCAUACACCCCUUCAACCAGUUAUGCUCAGCAUUCCUACUUUGGGUCCUUCUCUAGCCUCCACCAAUCCACACCCCACCAUGGCUCAGAAAGAAGAUCUACUUCCUUUUCACUCUGUGGCCCAUGCCAGAAACCUCAAGAAAGCAGAGGACAUGUCUCGCCAGCAGAGGAUCAAACCGUCCAAGCCCCUCUGCUUCCAAUCUCUGCAUUAGCCGGGGACUCCCCCUCGACCCCAAAUGAGAUGAGCUCCAGCACUCUGACCAGCCCCUUAGAAGCACCCUGGGUUAGCAGCCAGAAUGAUUCCCCAAGUGAUGCCAGUGAGGGGCCUGAGUACUUGGCCAUUGGCAACCAGGACCCCCGAGGCCGGACCGCCAGCUGUCAGAGUCGCAGCAGCAAUGCUGAGAGCAACAGCUCCAAUUUGUUCUCCUCCAGCAGCUCCCAGAAGCCAGAUUCUGCUGCUUCCUCUCUAGGGGACCAAGAGGGAGGUGGGAAGAGCCAGUUGUCCAAUGUCCUUCGCAGGUCUAGCUUCUCAGAGGGGCAAACACUCACUGUCACCGGUGGAACAAAGAAGAGCCAUACUCGCUCCCAUUCGGAUACCAACAUUUCCUCCAGAGGAGCCCCAGGAGGCCCCAGGAGUAUCACCAUUAUAGUUGAAGAUCCCAUUGCAGAAUCCUGCAGUGAUAAGUCGAAGUUGAGAGGCCCCUUGUCCUACUCUGGUCAAAGCAGUGAAGUCAGCACACCCAGCUCUCUGUACAUGGAGUAUGAGGGCAGUCAGUACCUGUGCUCAGGAGAAGGCAUGUUCCGAAGACCAUCAGAGGGACAGUCCCUCAUCAGCUACCUGUCUGAGCAAGACUUUGGCAGCUGUGCAGACCUGGAAAAGGAAAAUGCCCACUUCAGCAUCUCAGAAUCCUUGAUUGCUGCCAUUGAGCUGAUGAAGUGCAACAUGAUGAGCCAGUGCCUGGAAGAGGAGGAAGGGGAGGAGGACAGUGACAGGGAGAUCCAGGAACUGAAGCAGAAGAUCCGCCUUCGUCGCCAGCAGAUCCGCACCAAGAACCUGCUCCCUGUGUACCAGGAGACUGAGUAUGGAAGCUUUCGGGUCACUUCCAGCAGCUCCCAGUUCAGUUCACGUGAUUCAGCACAGUUCUCUGACUCUGGCUCUGCUGAUGAGGUUGAUGAAUUUGAAAUCCAAGAUGGUAGUGAAGGAUCUAACCUGACUCACAUGCCAAAGAAUGGACUCUCAGUGUCAGUGGCCUCGCUGUUUUCAGAUGCUGACAUCAGAAGGAGCACACCCUCAAACAACAAAUCAUUUGUUUCCUCCCAGUCCUUCUCUCACUGCUUCCUACACUCCACGUCUGCUGAGGCAGUGGCCAUGGGGCUCCUGAAGCAGUUUGAGGGGAUGCAGCUCCCAGCUGCCUCAGAGCUAGAGUGGCUCGUUCCAGAGCAUGACGCCCCUCAGAAGCUCCUGCCCAUCCCUGACUCACUGCCCAUCUCACCAGAUGACGGGCAGCAUGCUGACAUCUACAAGCUACGUAUUCGUGUUCGAGGCAACCUGGAGUGGGCCCCACCCCGGCCUCAGAUAAUUUUUAAUGUUCAUCCAGCCCCAACGAGGAAAAUCGCUGUGGCCAAGCAGAAUUACCGCUGUGCAGGAUGUGGCAUCCGGAGUGACCCUGAUUACAUCAAGCGGCUGCGGUACUGCGAGUACUUGGGCAAGUACUUCUGUCAGUGCUGCCAUGAGAAUGCCCAGAUGGUUAUCCCCAGCCGAGUUCUGCGCAAGUGGGACUUCAGCAAGUACUACGUCAGCAAUUUCUCCAAGGACCUGCUCAUUAAGAUCUGGAACGAUCCUCUCUUCAAUGUGCAGGACAUCAACAGUGCCCUCUAUAGGAAGGUCAAGCUGCUCAAUCAAGUCCGGCUGCUGCGGGUCCAGCUGUGUCACAUGAAGAACAUGUUCAAGACAUGCCGACUGGCCAAAGAGCUUCUGGACUCCUUUGACACAGUUCCAGGCCACCUGACAGAGGAUCUCCACCUGUACUCGCUGAAUGACCUGACUGCAGCCAGGAAGGGAGAGCUGGGGCCCCGGCUCGCUGACCUCACCAAGGCAGGGGCUGCCCAUGUAGAGCGAUGCAUGCUCUGCCAAGCCAAGGGCUUCAUCUGUGAGUUCUGUCAGAAUGCGGAUGACAUCAUCUUUCCCUUUGAGCUCCAUAAGUGCCGGACCUGUGAAGAGUGUAAAGCAUGUUACCAUAAAGCAUGUUUCAAGUCUGGAAGCUGUCCCCGCUGUGAGCGGCUGCAGGCCCGGCGAGAGUUGCUGGCCAAGCAGAGCCUGGAGUCCUACAUGUCAGACUAUGAGGAGGAACCCACCGAGGCCUUGGCCCUGGAGGCCGCCGUCCUGGAGACCACCUGAAGAAAGCACGUAAAGCACUCUUUCUAGGGGCUAGGGUCACACAUAGUGCAGAACUGAGCCACCUUUUUAAGGACUUUACCCACUUGGUUUUUUUUUUUUAAUUAUUAUCAUCAUUAUUAAUUUUUACGACCUGUCUAAUGUCCAUGUACAGUCAACCUUAUUUAGGUUGGUGGGGUCCAGUCUGUUGUGACAAUUUAUAGGUACCAAGUAUUUCCAUCAAAACUGACACAUGGGUCCCUAAGUGAAGCUUCUAGUGCCUCUGUCAGGGGAAUGGACAGGGAGACCCAAUUCUUCCGACAUCCAUGGCCUUCUCCACUUGGACCAGAUCUGGUUUCAGCUGCAUCUCAAGUAUCAUUUCCAGUUUUAUUUUGUUGUAAUUCUGGAGCUUCUGAGCCAGGCCUUUCUCAGCGAACUCACUUCUCCUUUGCUGCUGAAACAGGAUGAUGGAGUUUUCUCUCUCCCAGUCCUGGAAUAGGGUCAGACUGUGCCCUGAGGAGAAGCAGCAGAGAAUGGGACUACAUCGUGGGCAUUCUUAUUUAGGUGUUUUUGAGGCCAUAAAAACAGCGUUAUUGCUACCUUAGAAUUUUCAGAGACCUCAAGGAAGCAGUCAUGACUUCCUUGUUUGAAAUAUUCUAGGCAUAGAUGAUGUCACAGGCUGACUUUCUUUAUCUACCCUGGGGGACUUGACACAAAGAACAGAACUGAUACUUAGACCAGGCCCAUUUCUAGCAUUAAGUAACGCUACAACUCUGUUAUUUAAGGAGCAUUUAUUCAGUCAGAGGGGCUGUUGGCCUCCUCUUAGGUGAUCAGGUCCCUUUUAGUCAACAUAGCUCUGGUGCAGUUUUGAUCUUUCAAGCUCAGGCAAGUCCCUGAUGCCAUCCUAAAUUGAGGACAGAAGCCCCACCCACCAUUUUAUCAGUGGGUCUCUUGCCACUGUGUCCUCUGUUAGGUUGUCAGUGUGGUUCUGAGUAGAAGCCUGGCCCAACUCCGUGCUCUCCCUCUGCUCCUGAAGCACAGCUGGGACCCUCCCUGGUGGCUGAUCUCUUGCCUUAGUUUCUUUUGUCAAAGUUGAGGGAAAAGCUUCCUGCUAUUAGUGGUGUCAGACAACUUGACAGUUUGUGGAUGUGAGCGUGAAUGUUCCCGUGUUCUUGGGAUAACAAGAGCCUUUGUGCCAAUUAUGCACUUAACUCUUUAGCCUGGUGAUAUUCAUAUGUUCACUCAUCCUUUUCUUAUUACUAACUUUAACACACACACACACACACACACACACACACACACACACACACACCCUUUUUAAAUGUGUGUUUUGAUGGGAAAAGUUUUUGCUGGGACCGAGUAUAUGUUUGUCAUAUUCUUUAAGUUGCUGUACUUCCUGACCUGCAUGUAAAACACUGGUCAGGAUCACUGCUCUGAGGGCUGGCAGCUCUGUGAACUAAAGCCCAGAGCAUUUUUGUUUUGGGACUGACUUCUUCCUGGGUACCUGUCUUUCCAUAGUUGGUUGCUUGUAGGAAAAACUUGCUGUGGGCGCUGCCCCAGGAAGCUGAACAGAAAGUUGCACAUGGUUGGUGGAAGCUGAUGAGUGCCUGAGUUGGAGGCAACCAGGAGUCUCACAGGAAGUCGAAGGGGCAGUAAAGUAACAGCCAGAGCUGAGGCUCCACCAGGACAAGAGGGAGCAGGGAGGAAUUGACCUCUGGUGUUGGUCCCUCUGCUUCAAACUUGGGAUCUGAAGGCUACUUCAGGCUGUUCUCCCUUCAGUUCACGGGUGGGGCGGAGGGGCUGUGAAGACCAAGGCCUCCAGCUCAGCCCAGUUUUGAAGGGCAGACUAGAAGCUCCCUUGUCCUUCAAGGAGCUUUGGGAACGACCCUAUGAAACUCAAGUCUCACUGAGGAUUAGGCCUCAGAUUCAGACUAAGGGCUUUGUGAAGAUGGUGAGCUCUACUUCCACUUUUGGUUUAAAUUACAAAUCUAGCUCCUUACUCCAAGUCACUACACUGGAGGAGAGAUAUACUCUCAUUAUUGUCGUGUGCGUUUCAUAUAGCAUAGGAUCAAAGGAUGGAAGAUGCUGACACUGUUUCUGAAGCUGAGCUCAACAGUCUCACCCUCCUGGUUUUUCACCACCUCUCUCACCUCAUCCCUUUAGGUUGCAUAUCUGUUUUAGUGACCCUGACACUGUGCUGUCAUCACUGUCCAAAUACCCAUUUAUUUAUUUAUUUGAGAGUAGGGGGAGAGAGGAAAGAGGAUGGGAUUUUUUGAAAGCACUUUGCAACUUAUCAGUAUCUGAAAAUCCCUGCUGUUGUGGGGAGAAGCUUUGAAUGCACUGAAGAGAGUUCCUUCUGAAUGAAAUGGGAAGGAAGAAGUGUUUUUUUCUAUAAAUAAAGGGAAAAAGAAGUUUGCUUACAAGGUGGAGACAGAUUUAAGACAUAGCAGAACAGUGGAAGGCAAAUAUUUUCCACUUAAAUGAGGCUGUUACUGACUUUCUCUACCAAAGCUUUAGAGCUUCUGUUGAAUUAACAUAAAAGGAGCAAGAGUCUAAAUGGAGAUGUUCUUGGGUGUGUACAACUCGUGUUCCGAACUAGGUUUCUACCUGUUAUAAUUCAUACACAGCCUAACAGUUCAUUGUCAUCGUUAAUAAAC